AUGAUCAAGGCGAUCCUCAUUUUCAACAACCAGGGCAAGCCUCGGCUCUCCAAGUUCUACCAGCCUCACAGUGGAGAUGCACAACAACAAAUCAUCAGAACGACUUUCCAUUUGGUAUCGAAAAGAGAUGAAAAUGUUUGUAAUUUCCUAGAAGGAGGAUUAUUAAUUGGAGGAUCUGACAACAAACUGAAUUAUAGACAUUCUGCAACUCUAUAUUUUGUCUUCUGUGUGGAUUCUUCAGAAAGUGAACUUGGCAUUUUAGAUUUAUUUCAAGUGUUCAUGGAAACAUUAGACAAAGGUUUUGAAAAUGUCUGUGAACUGGAUUUAACUUUCCAUGUAGACAAGGUUCACAAUAUUCUUGCGGAAAUGGUGAUGGGGGGGAUGGUAUUGGAGACCAACAUGAGUGAAAUUGAUUCACAAAAUAAACUGGAGAAAUCUGAGGCUGGCUUAGCAGGAUCUCCAGCCCGUGCUGUAUCAGCUGUAAAGAAUAUGCAUCUUCCUGAGAUCCCAAGGAAUAUUAACAUUGGUGACAUCAAUAUAAAAGUGCCAAACCUGCCCUAUUUUAAGUAA